AUGCAUCACUUCGACCCCUACUCCUCCACUUCCUUCUCACCACUUCAGGCUCUGGAUUCACGCCUCACGCUCCAUGAAGCUUGCAGGAUUUGCACAGCGGUAACGGGUUUUGUGGCCAUCGCUUGUCCUGCCAGACAGCAAGCAACAACUCGGAGGCGACGAGGGGAGGAGAACGGGCUGUCUGGUCAUCCGGAGGGAGAGGAGAAAGGGGAGGAGGCGUUAUUGUCCAUUGGGGACGACUCCAUGGACCCAGAACAGUUCUCACGGGCCGUAUUCCACUGCGGUGAUCUCAAGACCUGGGAUGGCUUGUGCCCCGUGUCCCAGAGAGUCGGUCGCUUCGUCGUGCACGAUCUGUACGAACGUUUCUUGGAAAGGACAGGAGAAGCUUCGUUGUGGUGGACCCGCGAUGGCUCCAUGCUACACUAA